AUGCUUAUAAUUCAACUCGUGGUGUUGCUCAGCGUGGUGUUGUUCAGCGGCGCGCGGGGCUCGGCGGGCUCGAGGGCGCAGCCGUGUGCCGGGACGCAACCGUGUGACCCGCGACACCGGCGCGACGCCGGAGGACGCGGUGGCGUGUACGAGCACCUCGGAGGCGCGCCACGGCGCAGGAAACUCUACUGCGCUACCAAAUAUCACCUACAGAUCCACCCGAACGGGAAAAUAGACGGAUCCCUGGAAGAGGACAAUCCUCUCAGUAUUCUAGAGAUCACAGCAGUGGAUGUUGGAGUGGUAGCCAUCAAGGGCCUUUUCUCUGGAAGAUAUCUAGCCAUGAAUGAGAAAGGUCGCCUAUAUGCCUCAGAAGUCUUUAACAAGGAGUGUGAAUUUCUGGAGCGCAUUCACGAGUUAGGCUACAAUACAUACGCUUCACGUCACCACUCGACAACUCAGCACUCAGGAUCCAGUGGACGGGGCAACAAGCAUCGGGCCUUUGUCAAGAAGCAGUGGUAUGUGUCUAUUAAUGGAAAAGGUCGGCCCAGGAGGGGCUUUAAGACGAAGAGCACGGACAAAGCUUCCCUCUUCCUGCCCCGUGUUUUGGGCAACAAGGACCAUGAGAUGGUCUCACGUCUCCUGGAGAGCAGACAAGAUGAGACAAACCAUCAAAGAUCCCGCACGGGCCGUGCUGAACGAAGGAGUCGGAGGCACAAGGAGCCCAAACGCCACGGCAGAAGGGGCAAUAGACGCAAAUCUGGCCACAAAACAAAGACUUCAGACGGACAAAUGGAAUAG